AUGGCGCAUCCAGCAGUCAGUGAGGUUUCAGAUCAUGGAGCCCAGGAGAACAGCAGAACGCAUCCAGAUGAUUUUGAUGAUGAGGAUGAGGGUGAGGGCUGUUCGGGAUAUGAAGGGUUUGUUUCCUCCGGUAUGUCGGGUCGCUGUGAGCAUUGUGGAGUAUCGCUACUCCGGGCCUUAGACUCAUCCGUGCAGCCAUGGAGCGUCCGAAGCGCUGAAGCUGUGAACCCUGUAUCAAGCUUUGAUGAAGUCUCGCAACAAAGGGCGAUUGAGCUACUCAGGAGGAAAUGUGCACAAGGGUUGUACGAGCGUCAUUGUCCCAGCUGUGCUGAGGCCCACGGUCAUAAGCGCAAGUGCAGGCGAUUGAAUCCGGAAGAGAUCGGUGAGGGCACUUUGUCCAUGGACCUGUCAGGUCCCCAUCCGGCCGCAUUUUCAGGACAUCGCUACUUCAUGGUUGCAAACUUGAGCAGAAAGGACGGUGUUGACAUUCCGUUUUCGAGGCUGUUGUUCACCAAACAAACUGAAGAGGUGCCAAAAGCCUUGACCUCUGUGAUGUGCCAGAUUGUAUCGCUUGCUCAGGGUGUUCCCCCAGUGUUCCGUAUCCACAGUGAUGCUGGUAAGGAGUUCGUGGGAGGAGCAUUUCAGAAAGCAGUGGAGCAGUGUUGUGUGUGGCCCACGAUGAGUGCACCAUACACGCCACAGCAGAAUGGUCGGGCAGAGAGGCUUGUAGGAUUGCUUAAGGCAGCGGUGGGAUCCCUGUUGCUGCAUGCGCAAUUCCCUUUGCAAUUCUGGGACGAGGCAGUGCUGGAAGCCACCUUCCUGCGGCGAUGUAGGGCAUUGAAACUUCUGGUCCCGAGGGACCGCCCAAAAAUGGGCGACACAGUGUUUGUGCGAAAGCCAACAAGCUCCGCAGGGCAUCCAUUCGAACCUAGGGCAGAGGAGGGCCUAUUCCUGGCCAAUGAUGAGCGAACGCCUGGUGGGGCUCGGGUUCUGGUAACACGGGACGGUAGGACCGCUGUGCGUGUGACGCAGAUGCCAGUUCUUAGGGAUGUUGAGGCGGUCCGAUGGCGACUUGAGCGAGGCCCCCAAGAUCAAACUGUGUGGGUGAGCACCACUGGGGAUGUGAAAUGGAAUGCUCCACCUUCUGACAUGAUUACGGUCGAAGAGUCGGUAGAGGAAAUCCAGCCGUGGAACGACGGGAACACUGCAUCUGAGAUCAUCAGGGAGCGCUUCAAAAAACAUUUGGUGCCCGAGGCUGAGAAGCACUUGUUUGGAUUGUUUGGUCAUGGGUUCUUGGUGACUCCAGUGGAUGAAGAAGAACCUGACGGUGAAGCCAGGGUGGAACAGCAGAUGAUUAAGGAUGAGGCAACAUCUCAGCGCUUGAUGGUCACAGAAACUGCUGACGCAGGGGUGUUCGUGAAUCCAUCGACUCCGGAGUGGGAGCUCAACAAGUGGAUGGCAGGACUCAACAAGGAGCUAGACCCCAUGGAAACCAAGAAUGUGCUGGAGAAAGUUCGGCAGAGCGAGUUCCGAAAGGCAAAGCCGGUUCCGAGUAAGCUGGUGCUAACCAAGAAGCCAAUGGAGGAUUCGGAGGUAAUCAUCAGAUCGGACAUGGGUGCUUCGGAAAUCGACUCAAAGGCACAUGAUCCAGAAAACUUUGCAGGAAAUCCAGGUGCGGAGACUGUGAGAAUCUUGCUUUCGCUACUGGCGAGGCGUCCUACCAACAUGACGGCGGUGGUCAUGGACAUCUCAUGCGCAUUCCUGAAUGCCAGACUUGAUCGAAGUCCGGAUUCGAAACCGGUGCUCAUUCAGCCGCCGAGUAUCCUGUACAAGCUUGGCCUCCUUGAAAAGGGCUUUAUCUGGCGUGCCCGGAAAGCGAUUUACGGAUUACGGAGGUCCCCCCGUCAGUGGGAGCUGGAGCGAAAUGGCGAACUAGAUGGUGUAGCAUUAGAGCCGCUUCCUCACCAUGAACACGGAUUGCUGAACUUGGAAAGCCUGGAGUCAGGGACAUGGUUGAUUCGAGACCCGAGUGGCGAGAUCCAGGGCGCCAUGGUCAUGUACGUGGAUGACGCGCUGAUCAUUGGUGAUGUGGAAAUCUGCGCUAGGCUGAAGGCAAAGCUGUCCACUUUAUGGGGCUUGAAGGUUCAAGGAAUCCUCCAAAAUCCUCACAUGAAUCUCAUGGUUGGGGAAACAAUCAUGCUGGAAAGCACGCCCGUUAAUGUGAAGGAUGAGCUAUCUUUCCUCGGCAUGAAGAUUGGAAGGGAUGCCACCGGGAUGUACUUGCAUCAACACGCUUGGAUUUCCACAGAGUUAAAGAAACGUGGAUGGAGCACGAUGGGGGGUUGUGAUAGUCUUCCUGAUGUAGAAGAAGGUGUGUGGAUGCCAAAGGAGCACACGGGUCAGUACUAUGCUGAUUUGAAGAUGUGCCAGAAGGAACUGGGUUGUCUACAGUGGGUGUGCCUACGUAGCAGACCGGAUCUGAGUGCAUAUGUCGGCACACUGGCGAGUCUGCAAACAAUUGAUCCUGCAAAGGUUCUUCAGCUUUGCACCCGAGCAUGGAAGUACUUGAAAGGUACCGAACAUGUAAAGCUACACUACGACUACACUGAUGCAGUGAAAGAGUGCUUGAACUGUUAUGGUGAUGCCUCUUGGGCAACAGGAGCAUCCAGAUCCAGAUCAGGCGUAUGGAUUGCAUGGGGAAAUCAUGUUGUGAUGUGGCGGUCAUGUCGUCAAACCACGUGCGCAUGGUCGGCUUUCGAGGCUGAGGUGGAUGCAGCCGCAACCACAUGUCAGAGUGGAGCUCAGAUCAAACUCGUACUGAGUGCAAUCACUGGAGAUCAGGAGAUGUGCUUGUUCAGUGAUAACGCUGCGUGUGUCAUCAACCUGGUGCGUGAAGACGGUGCGCUGAUUACUACGAGAACCAGAACAGGAGGUAUCAGAUGUUCGUAUGUCCGUGACCAAGCUGUUCUCGAGGGUUUUGACAUUCAGCACAUGUCGGGAAAUGAGCUACCAGCGGAUGCGCUGACAAAGACCAUUGAAGCAUGGCCCCUGCGCAAGGACGACACGCCACACGUUGUGGCUCAAGCAUGGUGCACAAAUCGAGAAGUGUACCAAGGAGCUCAAGGAAACAGGGAUGGCCGACGGCCGCAACGGGUGCGGAACAGCAGCGGCCCGGUGCCGUGCAAGAAAGCGCACCAGCUGCACGGCCUCGCCAUCAAACCCGCCGCCGACUUCAAUCCCGACGACGAGAUGGCAACAUCGGAUGCUUGUGGGGAGAGCUGUUUCAGCCGCGCGCGCCUGUUGGCGCCGCUGAACCGCCGCUCUAAGGCCGAUGCAGCUCCAGCGCUGCUCAGCCUGCUCUCAUCUGUGCCCUUGCGCGGUUGCCGGCAGCUGAGUAUGGCAACCGUGCCCGGGGACCGUGCGUUUUGA